GUUUGACAAAUUAAAUAAUCCAAAUAGAAUGAACAAAUCCGUAAUUUUGUAUGCAGUAAAUCUUUAAAUACACAGACAUAAGAUUAUUCCAGAAAUUAAAUCAAUUUUGAAUGGAAUUGACCCUGACGCAACGGUACGCCAAUGUACCGUAGCCAAUAGGCGGGCGCUUGCCAGAUGCCUCUGCCAGAUGCCUCUACGGCUAACCAAUAAACACGUUCACACUAACAUUUUUGGCAGUUGCCUGCUCCGCGCCAGACGGAAGGUAUCAAAAAAUUGAAUAUCGCUUUAUUCAACAAAAUAAUAAAAAUUGAAAGAACGUGAAAAGUCAUAAAUCAAAAAAAAAAUUUGAUCCCCCUUGGUGAGCCUUUAAAAAUUCACGUCUAACUCAGCAAACCAAAAACAACCGAAGAUGACUGACCGCAAAGCAGUUAUUAAAAAUGCUGAUAUGAGCGAAGACAUGCAGCAAGAUGCUGUGGACUGUGCGACGCAAGCUAUCGAAAAAUAUAACAUUGAAAAGGACAUUGCCGCUUACAUAAAGAAGGAAUUUGACAAGAAAUACAACCCGACCUGGCACUGCAUUGUGGGUAGGAAUUUUGGAUCAUAUGUAACACAUGAAACACGCCACUUCAUUUACUUCUAUCUAGGUCAGGUGGCAAUAUUGUUGUUCAAGAGUGGUUAAAUUAUUGUUCCCAGUUCUCAGUAUUCCACUAAUGAUAGAAUGACUGUUUUUUAUUUUCAAAUAACCUGUAUCUUGAAACCGGUUCGAUUUUUCUACACAUUUUCGAUGGACGGGAGUGACAUAUAUACGUAAAUGACUCGAAAACGUGUAUAAAAAAUUAUUAGUUUUAUUUAAGAAUUUAUAUACUUUUCGGAAUAAAAUUAUUUUGUUGGAUACUUCUACUAAUUUUCUCCGAGACAUUCAGGAUGCCCAGCAGCACCCCAUAAAUUUAUUGUAUCAAGUCAUUUCAAAAAAAAUAUAUCAUUCAAAUCAUAAUAUGCAGUGUGUUUGAAAAAUAAAUAUUGCACGUAAACAUGAAUGCAUAGCAUUUAUUGUGACAUAUUGUCAAAGGUUAGGUAAUCUGUUCUAGAAAGCAAAAUAAAUACAGUUCUGAUGAUUCUUUGAUCUUCAAAUUUGUGGAGUCCUGACUGUCAAGCGAUCUAUCCUGGAUAUAACGCACAAUUUAUCAAAUUUGUGCUGCUCUAGAUCUAAUGUUAAUCUUCCAGUUAUUUGUGGACAUUUCUGAUUUUUCCAUUAAAUUAUAUGAUAAAUAAUUCUCAAUAUGGUAAAUGUCCUUCGGAAAAUUGUUCAAUUUUUGCAGUUUUGACACUUUCAGUAUAUACCCGCACAGCACGCUUUGCAAGUAACUAUUUUUCUCUUGAAGUUUUUGGAGGAUAGCCAGAUAUUCUAGCGGACUGAAGCAUUUGGAAUUUUCUAAAGUCGAGCUACCAUGUACAUGAAUAAGAUUUGCACCACAUUCUUGUUACGUUCAGGGUGAUGUCAAAAGACCCGCGUUAAAGAUCCUGCGAUUUUUUUUUACUUACGAAGAAAAUGUGUAUAUAUUUUUUCUAGGUUUUCAGUCUAUGGUAAUAGGGGUUGUAAGAGAAGUCAUAUUUCACAAUCAAAUGUUCUUCAAAUGGUAUCAUCAUGCUAGUCAAAUCGUUUGAGUUUUUUCAUAUUUAAACUUCUAAGGAAAUGAAUAAUGGUAUCCAAACAUACAUAACUGUUAACUAUCAUAUAAGGAAAUAAACACAAAUAACUGGAAUUCCCAAAGACCCUUUUCCUAUUUGUCACUAAAUGUUGAUGUUUGAAUUAUUACUCAGUGAAAUAUUUGGCAGAAUAUCCUUCGGUAGCAAUCAGUGUUUUUCGAGACCAUGUGAACCAUCAGUCAUUUUAACACUUUUCCUAUUUGGGUACUGCUAUGCAUUGGACAUCACACUAUAUUCAUUUUAGCCGAUUGCAUUUUCAAAUGUGCCUCUGAUGAACAUUUUGUUCCAUUUCUCAUGUUGAGCCAAACUAAACGUCUAAAUCAGUUUGGGAGUUCAUUUCAUUAUGCAGUGUCAAACAAAUAAUGUGUUUACUGCUUUGUCUAUAAUAAAUAUUCACAAUGUUUUUGUCUUUGUGUUCUAAUGGAACAGGAAAAUGUAUCACGUAUGGAACACAUUUGGAAUAUAACAAUUAUGUUUGAUAGAUCUUUAAAAAUUCAUCUAAGAUACUUUAGCGAUUUUGGUAUUGGGCUAGCUAGGAAUUUUUGAUAUAUAACAUAUAUAUUAAAGAUCUGGUGAAUGAAAUGAAACAUCAACAGUGUCUUGAAUUGCUGUGUAUUGCAUUGAUUAACAUAUCCUAUAUGAAGAUAGCCAUCCUAAAACUAUACUUCCCCGUCCAAAGAAUUAUCCGAGAUGAAAUGAGAUACUUUAGCGUCAUCCAACAGAAUUUAUCACAGCUUGUUUCACCUCUCCGCACUAAUUAGAAAUCUACUUUCAAGCCAACUUUAUUAGUUUAUAGCAAAUAUAUCUGGCUACAGGGCCAUCUACGAGACACUAAUCUUUUUGUAAGUAGAUUUCUAAUUAGUGUGGAGAGGAGAAACAUAGCUAGGAGGAAUUGUCAUAGAGGACGCUUUUAUUUCGGAUAAGAACAUAGUACUAGGUUGGCUAUUUUCAGGUAGAAUUUGUUAAUUAAUUAUUGGGGUUAGUAUUUUUGUUAGGGUUAGGGUUUUGUUUUACCGGCAGUGUAACAAAAAAUCCAUACUGUGAUGAUUGCUUCAGUUGUGUGGUUGAGUUAAAUGCACGGUUUGGUUAAAAGUUUUUGAAUAAUAGCCUAGACUAACUUGAGUCAUGAAUGUUACUAACAAAUGGUUAACUGGUCGAUAACUCCUUAACUUUUCUUACAUGAGUAUUUUUACUUCUUAACCGGUAAAUGGGUCCUUUCAAAUGUCUGUCAAGAGUUUAGAAGGUUUUUUUACAGGUUGUAAAUGCUUCCGAAUUUGAAAUGACUAAUUUACGUACAUGUACUUAUCAAUGUAUCUUGCUUGGUCAAUUUUCAGUUGUAUUAGUGCAUGUCUUUUGUGUGCAACUAACAAAAUUGACAUGCUACUCCUGGGUGUAUAUCUGAACUAUACCCCCUCCUUUCCAUGGAUUGUGAUUUAACUUUAAAAGAAAUGUGUUGAUUUCUAUAACUAUUAUGUAUGAAUAUAUGGUUAAAAUAAAAUUGUCUUUUUGUCCG